UUAACUCUCCUUCCACUUUUCCUCCUCCUCCUCCUCUUCCUCGGCGUCGAUUCAGUGGCAGCAGGACCCGAUGCGGUCGCCUCAGCUCCUCCUCUUCCUGCUCCUCGGUCUCUCCCCCCUCCUCGCCGUCAGCCGCUCCAUCUCGGCGCCGGCUGACGAGGCGGACGCCGAUCUGCCGAUCUCGGACGGUAUCACGUCCCGCUCUUACUCGGAUGGCCGAACCCUGAUCCUUCCCUCCCUCCGCCGUCCGGAGAUCGCGCGUCUUUUCUCCGGGGAGCAGUGCGAGCAGACGUACGGGUUCCUCCCCUGCACCACCACGGUGGUGGGGAACAUGUUCCUCAUCGUUGUGUACGGGUUCCUGAUGUACAAGGCGGCGACGUACCUCUCCUCCGGGAGCGAGCUCCUCCUCGAAAUCAUGGGCCCGGGUAUUGUCGGGGGGCUUUUCCUUCCGAUUCUUGGGGCUCUCCCUGACGCAAUGCUAAUAUUAGUAUCUGGGCUAUCUGGGAGUAAAGAAACUGCUCAAAAUCAGGUGUUGAUUGGAAUGGGUUUACUUGCUGGAUCGACUGUGAUGCUGCUUACAGUACUAUGGGGAUCUUGUAUUAUUGUGGGAAAGACUGAUCUUUCAGAGAAUUUAACCUCAAUUGAUUCACAAGAUACACAUCUAUUCAGUCUAUUUGGUUCUGGUGUUUCCACUGAUAUUCAAACAAGCUAUGCAGCAAGAAUCAUGGCAAUAUCUAUCAUCCCAUUUGUGUUAGUGCAACUGCCACGAGUUUUCAAUUUUCCCUCUGGACAGCGUCUAGCUGUUUUGAUUUCUCUUAUUGUUGCAGUUGCGCUCUUGGUUUCAUAUUGUGUCUAUCAGAUAUUUCAACCUUGGAUUCAGAGGAGAAGAUUAGCUUAUGCAAAGCACAAGCAUGUAAUAUCAGGAAUUCUAAGACAUGCUCAGAUGCAAGCCCUCGGACGACUCAUGGAUAAGGAGGGAACACCUGACCCAGAUGUUCUUAAAAUGUUGUUCCAUAAACUAGAUGAGAAUUCAGAUGGAUCACUAUCACAUGCUGAGUUAAGAGCUCUGAUCAUAGGUCUCCAAAUUGAUGAAAUAAAUUUGGAUAUGGAUGAUGCUGUUAAAAAAAUCAUGGAUGAUUUUGAUACGUCACGAAAUUCAACAAUCGAAGAACAAGAGUUUGUUGUGGGAAUCUCAAAAUGGCUUACCGAGGCCAGACAUUAUGUUGGAAAUACUAGUUCUUACUCAAAAAAAUUCAUGGACGAGUUUCACUCGAAAACAAGGGAGGAUCACGACACAUUGAUUGAUCAGAGUGAUGAAGUUGUAGAAAGCGUUGAUAAACCCGGUUUGACAAUUUUCAAAGCCAUCUUACUCUUGCUCCUUGGAACUCUUCUUGCUGCAAUUUUUGCUGACCCACUCGUGGAUGCUGUCGACAACUUCUCUCUCGCUACAAGCAUACCUUCAUUCUUCAUAUCGUUCAUUGCCAUGCCUUUGGCUACCAACUCCAGUGAGGCUGUCUCUUCAAUCAUUUUUGCCCGCCGAAAAAAGCAAAGAACUUCUUCACUCACUUUCUCAGAGAUCUAUGGAGGAGUGACUAUGAACAACACACUUUGCUUGGCUGUCUUCUUGGCUCUAGUUUACUUUAGAGGCCUAACAUGGGACUUCUCUGCUGAAGUUUUGAUCAUUUUGAUUGUCUGUGUGGUGAUGGGCCUCUUCGCCAGUUUCCGGACGACCUUUGCUCUGUGGACUUGCUUUGUCGCGUUCUUGCUCUACCCCUUCUCAUUGGGACUUGUAUAUCUGCUCGACUUUGUCUUCGGGUGGUCAUAGUCUGGUCAUAAUCCUUUUGGACGAAGAAGCUUUUGUGAGAUAUUUCUACCCUGUUCUUUGCAAUUUAACAUCGCGAGUGCUACAUCGGCCUGUGUGGUUUAAAUUUCGUAUAGCUUUUGGAAUUGUGUGAUUUUGAAAGUGUAUGGUCUGAAGGAUAUUGUCAUCAAUUGCGAGCCCUAAUCCAGUUCUUCCAAAUAUUAGUGGUUGUCACAAGUCAGUUUGGUUAACCAAUACAUUACAAUACUUGAUCAACUAGCA